CAACACAAGGCCGGGAACCCAGCUGUGGGUCACCUCCCAUCCACCGUUGUCUUUUCUGCAGCUAGACCCUCUGGAGCAGCGGGAAGUGCUGUUCCAAUCGCCCUUGGAAAACUGCUGUCUAGAGUCCCUGCAGCCUGUGAACUACAUAAUGUCAAAUGGAGAUGGCCAGCAGUCACAGGCUUCCACCAAGCCCACUUUUACUGAGAUACAAGCCUCUGCACUGGUAGAAUCAGUAUUUGGGUUCAAAGUUUCUAAGAUCCAGCCACUCCCUAGCUAUGAUGACCAAAACUUUCAUGUUCACAUAUCAAGAACCAAAGACACUACAGAUGACCCCGUCGAAUAUGUCCUCAAAAUAAGCAACACAGAGUCUAGCCAAACUCCGGACCUGAUUGAAAUGCAGAACCAUAUCAUCAUGUUUUUGAGAGCAGCUGGAUUUCCAACAGCCUCUGUGUGCCGAACUAAAGGGGACAACACGAUCUCGCUCAUGUCCAUUGAUAGUGGAUCUGAAAUCAAGAGCUACUUGGUAAGAAUGCUCACUUACCUCCCAGGAAGACCCAUAGCUGAGAUUGCUGUCAGCCACCAGCAAUUAUAUGAAAUAGGAAGGCUAGCUGCCCAGUUGGAUAAAACAUUGGAGGAAUUCCAUCAUCCAAAGUUAAAUCUUCUUCAUCGGGAGAACUUCAUCUGGAAUCUGAAAAAUGUCCCUCUUCUAGAGAAGUAUAUAGGUGCCCUGAGCCAGAAUCGAAACCGGGAGAUUGUUGAACAGGUCAUUCAGCUGUUCAAGGAAGAAGUAAUGACCAAACUAAGUCAUUUUCGAGAAUGUAUCAAUCAUGGUGAUCUUAACGACCAUAACAUCUUAGUAGACUGCAGCAAGUCAUCCUCUGGAGAUGCUGUGUAUCAGGUCUCUGGGAUUUUAGACUUUGGUGACAUGAGCUAUGGCUAUUAUGUGUUUGAAGUGGCAAUCACCAUCAUGUAUAUGAUGAUUGAAAACACGGAUCCUAUACAAGUAGGAGGUCACAUCCUUGCAGGGUUUGAGAGUGUGAUCCCUCUGACUGCUGUAGAAAGAAGCGCUUUGUUCUUGCUUGUAUGCAGUCGCUUUAGUCAGUCGCUUGUCAUGGCUGCAUACACCUGCCAGCUGUACCCAGGCAACAAAGAGUACCUAAUGAUUACAGCAAAGACUGGAUGGAAGCAUUUACAGCAACUGUUUGACAUGGGCCAGAAAGCUGUAGAAGAAAUCUGGUUUGAAACUGCCAAAUCCUAUGAGUCUGCGAUCUCUAUGUGACCAGAGAAAAGUUUGUAUUUCCUUGGCAAUCAAAACUCAGUUAGGCUCAGAUCAAAUUCAUGAAGAACUUUCCUGCAGGAUUAAAAAAUGAUAUGGUAAAACAGAUCCGUUCUAAAUAUGAAGGGGCAAAGACAGGUCUAGUUUUUACAGCAACCUUUGGACUGUAUUUUACACUUAAGAAAGUGCUACAUUAAGAACACUUUCCUAGAGUGCAAAGCCCUGGGCUCAACCUCAGCACUACAGAAAGGAAAAACACAUGUACAAGGAAGCAUGUCUUUUUGCAGGUCUUGUUUGUCUUUUAUAUGAACCAUACUUGAUGAUAUAUGACUUGUAAUCAGUCUUAAAGGCUAUUCUAGUCCUUAAAUCAAUGUUUAAACUGUGAAAAGAAUACAUAUGUAUAACUAUAUUCACAUGUUUUAAACAAUCCACAUGUUUUAACCACAACACUAAUUC